AUGGUAACAGUAUAUGGUGUAAAACGACUUUGGUUGUCUACCUUUAGGACAACAGCGGACAACUAUUUGUGUGUCAUUAGGACUACAGAGGACAACUAUUUGUCUAACAUUAGGGCUACAGAGGACAACUAUUUGUCUAACAUUAGGGCUACAGAGGACAACUAUUUGUCUAACAUUAGGGCUACAGAGGACAACUAUUUGUCUAAUAUUAGGGCUACAGAGGACAACUAUUUGUCUAAUAUUAGGGCUACAGAGGACAACUAUUUGUCUAACAUUAGGGCUACAGAGGACAACUAUUUGUCUAACAUUAAGACUACAGAGGACAACUAUUUGUCUAAUAUUAGGGCUACAGAGGACAACUAUUUGUCUAACAUUAGGACUACAGAGGACAACUAUUUGUCUAACAUUAGGACUACAGAGGACAACUAUUUGUCUAACAUUAGGACUACAGAGGACAACUAUUUGUCUAACAUUAGGGCUACAGAGGACAACUAUUUGUCUAACAUUAGGGCUACAGAGUACAACUAUUUGUCUAAUAUUAGGGCUACAGAGGACAACUAUUUGUCUAACAUUAAGACUACAGAGGACAACUAUUUGUCUAAUAUUAGGGCUACAGAGGACAACUAUUUGUCUAACAUUAGGACUACAGAGGACAACUAUUUGUCUAAUAUUAGGACUACAGAGGACAACUAUUUGUCUAAUAUUAGGACUACAGAGGACAACUAUUUGUCUAACAUUAAGACUACAGAGGACAACUAUUUGUCUAAUAUUAGGGCUACAGAGGACAACUAUUUGUCUAACAUUAGGGCUACAGAUGACAACUAUUUGUCUAACAUUAAGACUACAGAGUACAACUAUUUGUCUAACAUUAGGACUACAGAGGACAACUAUUUGUCUAACAUUAGGACUACAGAGGACAACUAUUUGUCUGACUACAGAGGACAACUAUUUGUCUAA